UGGAAGAGUAGUCAAUUGUCAAAACGGAAAUGGUCAAUUCUCUACCCUGUGUUACCAUUGUAUAUAUGCACUAUCUAUGUUCCUGGCGGGUUUGGAACAGUUCAAGCACCGACUGCAUCGAUUCGUCUCAUCCCAAUAAGCGUCUUCUCAAUAAGACUGACUGAGGACCUUUAAACGCAUCUUCAUACUAUACCAUGAAUUCAACCAUCACUUGGUACAUAGGAGUCUUCAGCGCUACAUGCUACAACGGGUCCGUACAAAACAUAAUACUACCUACCACACCCCCAUCCAUAUCCCCUUCCAACCUUACGUAUAUAUAUACCUACAUACCUCAGAUAAAAGAUACCCCAACAACCCCUCCAUCCAAACCAUCCAUCCCCAUCUGACCUGUCACCAUAAACCCCAACAAGAACCACCUCGUGCCAACACGAAACAAAAACCCCGACAAUCCAGCCCAGCCCAGCCCAUUCCAGCCCGCCAGCCCGCCAGCCCACCAGCCAAGCACGAGUACCCCGUAGAAGUGGAGAGGCGGUGUCAGCAGCAAGCCACACACGCGCAUUGUCAACGUCAGCAUCAGCAGUGCUCCUCAGUGCUUGAUAACUAUCGAAUAGGGGCAGGCUGCUGUGACUUGUCCAAUACACAACUAUUCACAUGUAUAUAUCUAUCCACGCGCGUAGAUGCAUAUCUCCUGCGUUCUGCACGAGAGACAAAUAGCUGAUUGUAUGUCUAUUGGUGGGGUUAGAUGGAUAGACGGGGUGUUGCAUUGAGUGAUAUUGUUUUACUAUCUCCUUGGAUUAACUAAUG